AUGCUGUCUUCGGAUAGAAUUCGUACAAAAAAAGAUAAGGUAAGUAACAAAUACCUCAAAAAAGGCAAAAUCCCUAAUAAGUCCCGCUUUUCCACGCAGAUGAAGGACCUCCAAAUGAGGUUGGAGCAUACUGUGCAAAAACUCAAGGAUUCAAAUAACGAGAAAAAGGCCUUACAGGAGGAGGUGAGGCGAUUAAAGGAGGAGUUGACCUGCCCAAAUUGUUGCGUCAACAAGCAGGCAGCAGAUAAUUGGGAGGCGAAACACAAAGAAGCGGUUGUAGCAAAAGAGAAGCUAAAGGACGAAUACCGGCGGGAGUUCGCCGAAUAUGUGAAAAGCAGCAUUCCGAACCGCACAAUGCCCCUACCGGAUUUCCCGAUAAACGAUUUACUAAAACUAAAACAGUUGGAGGAAGCGGCCGCGACAGUUGGCUUUAAAGUCAAGGUACUUCAGCUGCUCGCACCUAAACUAUCAGGAACGCCUAACCAUAAAACUGUACAUAGAGCGGUGUUCCGGAGCUUGUUCGCUCCAGAUGUUGUAAAUAGUGUUGUCUGGGAGCGAAACAUUAGAGGCAAGCUCCUGUUAGUUAAGAACCCCAAUAUUAUAAGUUUGUAUAUAUACAUUAGUUUAGAGUUAAGUAGUAGUUUAAGUAAAAAUGAAAUACGUUGUUUUUUAAUUGUUAAAUUGUGUGUGUUGUGUAAGGAGCUCAAGGAUUCCGUUAAGGAAAAAAAGGCCUUGCCGGAGGAGGUGAGGCGACUCAAAGAGUUGUCCUGCCCAAAUUGUGCCACCCACAAGGAGGCAGCAGCUUAUUGGGAGGCGAAAUAUAAAGAAGCUGUUCUCGCAAAAGAAAAGGUGAAAGACGACUACCGGCGGGAAUUCGCCGAAUAUGUAAAGAGCUUGCAACCGAACCGCACAAUGCACACGCUACCGUAUUUACCAAUAACCAUAGAUGCACUAAAACAAUUGGAGAAAUCGGCGGCGGCGGUUGACUUUAAAGUCAAGGUGCUUGAGGUGCUCGCACCUCAAAUAGCAGGAACACCCAAUCCGAAAACUGUUCAUAGAGUGGUGUUCAGGAGCCUGUUCGCCCCAGAUCUUGUAAAUAGUGUUGUCUGGGAACGAAGCAUUAGAGGGAAGCUACAAUUAGUUAAGCACCCUAAUAUUGUAUGUUUGUAUAUAUACAUUAAUUUAGAAUUAAGUAGUAGUUUAAGUAAAAAUGAACUACGUUGUUUUUUAAUUGUUAAAUUGUGUGUGUUGUGUUAAAUUGACGUGUUGUUGUCGCAUAGUAGUUCAAUUAGUCAAAAAUUAGAUUUGGAAAAUGAUAAAAUUAAACUUAAAUAUGGCUUUUUACCUGAAUUCAGUGCAUAAAUGCAUUUGGAAAAUAAUGAAUAUCAUAUAAAACACCAGUUAACGAUGCAAUAUGCAAUGUGCGCAUCGGCUAAAAAUGUUGCGAAUAUUUGGGGUUUUUGGGGUUUUUUGGGGUUUUGGGGUAAUUUCGAAAAAGACAAGUCCCCCCGGCGUGGACGUAAUUAAAAAAACCGUUUUUUUUUGGCGCCAUUUGAUUUUCACGGAUCUGCAUUUGGAAAUUUUUGUGUUUUUGUCGAAAAAAUCAAUUGAAAAUGCUGUCUUCCAGUCGAAUCCGUACGAAAAAGGAUAAGGUAAGUAACAAAUAACUCAAAAAAGGCAAAAUCCCUAAUUAGUCCCGCUUUUCCACGCCGAUUAAGGACCUCCAAAUAAGGCUGGACCACACGGUUGCUAAACUCAAGGAAGCAAAUGCCGAGAAAAAGGCCUUACAGGAGGAGGUGAGGCGAUUAAAGGAGCUGACCUGCCCAAACUGUUGCGCCAACAAGGAGGCAGCAGAUAAUUGGAAGGCGGAACACAAGGAAGCGGUUUUAGCAGCUUCAAAGCUAAAGGACGAAUACCGGCGGGAUUUUG